ACCACCCCCCUUGGACCCUUGUCCUCAAGCAUCCACACUACCAGUCCCCACCACCACAGCUGCGACGCGCCUGGCUGGCUUCUUCUAGCUCAGUUGCUCGCAACAAGACACACAUCAGCUGAGAGAACUCUGAUCCGCUCUUGCUCCUGCGCGGCGUCGGUGGCUAGCAGCUAGCUAGCCUUUUGUUGUUGCCCACCGCCUCAGCUCACUCACAGCGCUUCUGCCUGCUGAGGAAGAGGUCGAUCUCUCUUAGCUUGGUUAUUGAUCGAUCGUUCGACGACGACGACGCUAUGGUGAGGCCGCCGUGCUGCGACAAGGAGGGCGUCAAGAAGGGCCCGUGGACGCCGGAGGAAGACCUCGUCCUCGUCUCGUACAUCCAGGAGCACGGCCCCGGCAACUGGCGCGCCGUCCCGACCAGAACCGGGCUGAUGCGCUGCAGCAAGAGCUGCCGGCUCCGGUGGACCAACUACCUCCGCCCGGGCAUCAAGCGCGGCAACUUCUCCGACCAGGAGGAGAAGCUCAUCGUCCACCUCCAGGCUCUCCUCGGCAACAGGUGGGCUGCCAUCGCGUCGUACCUGCCGGAGCGGACGGACAACGACAUCAAGAACUACUGGAACACGCACCUCAAGCGUAAACUGCAGAGCGGAGGCGACGGGGCGGCCAAGCCGCCGGCGCACCGGCCGGCCUCGUCGUCCAAGGGGCAGUGGGAGAGGCGCCUGCAGACGGACAUCGACAUGGCGCGCCGCGCGCUCCGCGAGGCCCUGACGCCGCUCGGCGAACUGAAGCCGCAGCAGCGCGACGGCGUCGACGCGGCGGGCGCCAGCACUGGCGGGGGCGGGGGCGGCGACAGCCCGGCGUCGAGCUCGUCGGGCGCGUCGCUGUGCUCCCCGUCGGUUGCCGCGCCGGGCCCGUACGUCCUGACCACGGAGAACAUCUCGCGGAUGCUGGACGGGUGGGCCGGCGGCAGGAAGGGCCGCCGCGGCGGCAGUGCCGGUCCUGGCACGCCCGGCGGGGCUGAGAGCGCGUCCACCGGAUCCUCGGACGCGUCGGAGGUAUCGUACGGUGGCGCCGCCGUGGCGUCGGCAGCACCCCCCACUGCCGGGGCGCUCUCCGAGUACGAGACGAAGCCGGCCCAGCAGAUGCCGCUGUCGGCGCUCGAGUCUUGGCUGUUCGACGACGACAGCCACAUCCACCACGUCCAGAGCGCCAGCUUGCUUGACGUGCCCCCCAUGGCUUACCCGUUCUGGCUAGAAGCCAGUGUGUUCAAGUGAUGCAGCUCAAGCUAAUCACUUCAAAGCAAGCAUGGAAUUAGUCGCCUAAAGAAAACUACAUAGAUCCUACAGUAUGUCAGUGACUAAUUGGUUGUUGCGGAUGCAAUUAGUCGCUUGAUCCAAAUACUUUUUACUUAGGAUCUGCAUAGUUUUCAUUUAGAUUUCAAAGAACCAUGGAAGCACCCCUAUGCUAUUAUUAUCCUAUGUUCAUGGGCCUUUUGUCUUAGCCUUUUAAGCAACAACUUGAGUAGAUCCCCUUUGUGCAAGUUGCAUAUUGUGUGUCUGAAAAAAAUCAAAAAAAAUAACGCCUGUACUAUGUCACAAACUUGUCAUAAAUUGUAUCGCUAUCACUAACAUACUAGCAGAUAUUUUUAGUUCCCA